AUGAGCGGAACUGAGAGUCCGGUGGGAGUGCGGGAUGUAGUGAUUUGCGCUUCUCUCGGAUCCUUGAGUGGGAUCAUAGCAUCAACCGGAGGAACAUUUUCUGCGGUGGGAAUACCGUCCUUCGAACGGGAUGAAAAUGCUCCAUUCAUCAUGGGCGAAUCCGAAAAGGCGGCUUUCAACAGCGUUUUACUUCUAGCAAUGACGUUCGGCCCAAUCGUUGGCCCUUUCAUGACAACCCUGGAAGGCCCACGCACGAUCCUUCUGCUGCUAUUGCUGCCUAUAAUUGCGAGUUGGCUCAUGCUUGCAUUUGGAGACACCAUCUAUGUAUUUUUCAUUUCACGCACUAUACUUGGCAUGUGUGGCGGCAUUUCCAGUUCAAUCGGUCAGAUUUACCUCACGGAGAUAACUUCAGUAGAAGUCCGUGGAUUCAUUUCAUCCACUGGGAUGCUAGCCCAAUGCUGGUAUGCAUUCAUCGGUAGCGUGGCGGCAUUGUUCUUGUCUUGGCGUGGCUUAGCCAUCCUGAACGCCGUAUUGAUGACAGUCCAUCUGUUGCUCGCUUUCUUGUUUCCGGAAUCACCCACGUGGCUACUCCGGAAGUCGACUGAAAUGAAAGCCAGGCGAGCUUUAACGUUUCUUCGCGGUAAAGAAAACGUGGAGGUGGAACUGCUGGACCUUCAAUCCCGUGUUGCCAAGUCGAAGGUGCACUCACAGAAAUUUCUCGACUUGCUCGACCGCAAGUAUGCGAAGGCGCUUUUUGUGCUGUUUGUCAUUGCUGCGUUGCGACAGCUUAGCGGAGCAUUCGUCGUCUUCUCGUACACGGUUGAAAUUUUUGAAUCGGCAGGAAGCAGAUUGAGCUCGACAUUGAGUACUGUGAUCAUCAGUGCAGUCCAGUUGAUAGUAAACUUCCUGUCAAAUGGGUUGACUGAUCGGAUCGGACGGAAGAAAUUAUACGUUUCCUCAGCGAUCCUCUCGGGGUUAUCUCAAACAGCGUUCGGCGCCUAUUACUAUCAACUUCACAAGAACCCAGCCGCAGCAGAGAAAUUUCAUUGGGUUCCACUGCUGACUUUAAUUCUGUUCAGCGUCGCGUUUUCCUUCGGACUCGCUUCCUCCAUUUUUGUGCUGAGGACCGAGCUGAUUCCAAUGAACGUGCGCGAUUCGGCAUCUACAGUCAUGUCCGUCUUCAACAACUUUGCGUGCUUCUUAACGGUUCAAUAUUACUACAGCAUGAGAAGCAGUUUGACCGAAGCCGGGGUUUUCUGGUUUUAUGGAGCAGCUUGUAUAGCAGUGGGCAUAUUUUGCCUCCUGGUUUUGCCGGAGACGAACGGAAAGAGCUUAGACGAACUUGAAGAGGCAUUUGCUGUGAAGAAACCGCCGAAGAAUGAUUCCGAGGACGAACUGAAGAGUUCUGAAGUAAGAUUAGAUUCGGAAUUCGUAGAGACGGCGGAUCGGUCAGAAUUAGAGCUUGAUGCGAGUUCUGAAGAAUUUUCUUCCAAUGAAGAGGAGUUGGAGGAAGUGAUGAAUGCGGAAGUGGACGACGGAAAUUCGAAUGAUUCACGAUGUGCAGCUGGCUCUUCGUGAAAGCUACCAGCACAACUCGUUACUUCAGUUGACAAUUUUUGCCUGACUUAGUAAAGCGUUGAGUUUUUCUCAGCGAUAAGUUGUUUUCAUUCAUUGAAGGAAUGUUUCUUGAAUCAUCCGAUCCGUUUUGUGAUCCGAGAUUUCCAGUGCGGAUUUAUGUUCGAACAUUUUUUUUUUAAGUUUUUCUGUCCUGCAAAGAGUAAUUUUACUUCAAUAGAAUGGGCAUGUUUCAGAGUACCUAAAUAUUUUUGAUACGAUCAGUGAUGCAAUUUUAAAAAUUUACCGCUUCAUUUGGUCUGUGCAACAAAAACUAAAUUAUUUAAGACUCGUGCCUGAAAUUCAAUUGUUUUUCCUCAAAUUCAAAAUUUUUUCAUGAAAAUAAUUUUCUCUCACUGGAAAAUUUUGUACUCCAUGUCUACAUGGCGUCUCACGUCAAAG